AUGGCGACCCAUGCAUCAGCUACUCCGACACUCUCCACCACCAACGGUGACGCGCGGGGACCUUUGAACAACUCGACUGCCGGAAACAUGUCUGCACCAACACCUACUGUGAAUCGCAAGAAACAAAAGCGUCGGCAGAAACAAGCUGCUCGCUUAGCGGCGGAUCCAUCCGAAAACCAUGCCGCCGGAGUUGUCGCGGACCAGCCCGACGACCGACAUGUCUACGAUGAUAACGCCGACCUUGACACUGCUGACUCCAACCACACGGAUCCAGAUAGCAUGUAUAAGAAUGGAGAGCCUGGCUCUCAGCAUGAUCUAAACGGACCGAUGAUGUCGAAUGACCCCGCCGACCAUCCAGACCCACCUGGACAUAAAUCGAAAAAGAAGAAAAACAAGAAAGGCCGGUCUGGUUCUCAUACUCUUGCAGACGGCAGCUCAACUCCUCUCUCGACUCCCUCCGCGACCUUCUCCCAUCCGCCCCCGCAUUCGCACUCCCUACCCUACGGCCACCGUUUCCCAGCUAGGUCGACCAAAGAAAGCAGUAUCUGGAACCAGUCAUCGUUGGAAGAACGUGAGAACAUCCGGACCUUCUGGUUUGAACUGGGCGAAGAGGAACGCCGCCAACUCGUCAAAGUCGAGAAAGAUGCCGUUUUGAAGAAGAUGAAGGAACAACAGAAGCACUCUUGCAGUUGCACCGUCUGUGGCCGAAAGCGAACCGCAAUUGAGGAAGAGCUGGAGGUCUUGUACGAUGCAUACUACGAAGAGCUUGAACAAUACGCCAAUAACAACCAAGGCUCCUUUGAAGAAGGAGCCCCCAUUAUCCCUCCCCCUCGACUGUACCAACCUCCUCUUCGAUCACCUGGUCAACAUACUCGCACGCAUGGACAAUUUCACCCGUCACGGGGCCGAGUGCAAGAACUGCCCGAGGACGACGAAGAUGACUUUGAAGACGAUUAUGACGACGAAGACGAGGAUGAUGAAGAUGAGGAUGACUUGUACAGCGACGAGGAGUACGAGGACGAGGAAGCGCGUGCUGCUCGGGCCGACUUCUUUGCCUUCGGGAAUAGUCUCACGGUGAAAGAUGGUAUUCUUACGGUGGCCGAUGAUCUACUGAAAAACGACGGUAAACACUUCAUCGAUAUGAUGGAGCAAUUAGCCGAGCGCCGAAUGCAAAGAGAAGAGGAUACGCAGUACAACAUCGCCGCCGCCCACCAAUCUUUCCAUGCCGGCCAUAACCAUGGUCCUCUCGACGAUGAAGACUACGACGACGAGGAGGAUGACGAUUAUGAUAGUCAGGAGGAGGAAGAGUUUGAUGAGGACGAGAUGGAUGCUAUGACCGAAGAGCAGCGCAUGCAAGAAGGGCGACGAAUGUUUCAGAUAUUUGCUGCUCGAAUGUUCGAACAACGAGUCAUGACGGCAUAUCGAGAGAAAGUUGCCGAACAGCGACAGAAGCAGCUCAUAGAAGAACUCCUGGAAGAGGAGAACCGAGAGGAGCAGCGGAAUGCCAAGAAGGCCCGAGAGGCACAGAAGAAGAAGGACAAGAAGCGCCUGCAGAAGCAAGCGAAGGAAGAGGAAAAGGCUCGUCGUGAUGCAGAGAAAGCCGCAGAGGAAGCCGCAGCGAAGGCUGCCCACGAGAAGAAGUUAGAAGAGCAGCGAAUCAAGCGUGAGGAGCAACGGAAGAAGCGCGAAGCCGAACGCAAAGCACAGGAAGAUGAGCGUGCUCGCAAAGAAGCCGAGAAGCAACGGCGUGCCAAAGAAGAGCGAGAGCGACAAGCCGAAGCCGAGCGGAAGCAGCGUGAGCAAAAGGAGGAGAAGAAGAGGCGUGAUGAAGCGAAGCGCAAGGAGAAGGAAGAGCGUGAUAGGAAGGCCAAGGAGGAACAGGAACGCAAAGCCCGUCAGGAUCAGGCCAAGAAGGACCGUGACAUUGCCACGAGGGCAGAGCAAGCCGCAAAGCCCUAUAUGCAGGCCCGGCCGAUCUCCCACGCUGGCUCCAUCCCUCUCACCUCCGCUCUUCAAACGCAGGCUCAUCCUGGCUCAUUCCAAUCGCCACACUAUGCUGUGGCCACUCCUGUCGCCCCGAAAGCUUCAACUCCCAGCAGGCCACGCCAGCCAUCCCAGCAGGGAUCUCACUCUUCAUCUCCUCACUCGCAACCAGGAAGCUCAGACUUCCCUUUGCAGCCUUCAAUCUCUCCGCGGUCUCUAGCACAGUCUCAAUCGGGAGCACCAGGCCUUGGUCGACAUGUCCAGCACCAGCAGCCCCAUCUGCACCACCCUCAACCUUCCGCGCCUCUGUCGCCUUUGGGUCGUAGUAACCCCCCUGGCUUCCCGGCCCUCGGUGGCUUGCCAACAAACCCUCCAGGCUUACCAGGAAUGGGGGGCCGACCGCUUCACCCGCCCGAUCUGCCAAUGUAUUCUCCUAACUCGGCUAUGAUGAAUCCUCUUCGAGGGUUCGGUCCUGGAAGUAUCCCCGCGCCGCCUGGUAUCAACGGAGUCCGCCCAAUGCCUCCGGGCAGAGGGUUCCCGCUCCCUGAAUCAGGGCACGGUCUGCCAUUCCCGGGUCACCAUGCUGUUCCUGGAGCAUUCGGUAUGCAACAGCCGGGUUUGUCGAAGACGCAUUCGAGACAGCCAUCUGGUUCGUUCGAACGCUCUCCUUUGGAAUCCGGUACACAGCCGUUCCCCAUUUCGCGCCCAAGCCCUAUCAAGCGUCCCCCGAGCACUGCACAGGAUCAGCAUGAGCACCAUGGCCAUGGCCACCCUCCAUCCCAGCGCGAUAUCGAUGAUUUGAGCACACAGCUGGGAAGUAGUGCGCUCCUCGACGAAACGGACGCUGCGUUCGCAUCGAAGCUGUCACAAUCAUUGCCCGGUGCUCCUGCACCUGGGCCGUAUGCGUCGCCAGCGAGAGCCAGUUUCCAGGGGUCGUUGUUUACGGACCCUCUAGGAGCCAAGCAUGCACCUUUUGUAGGUGGUUCUAGCUGGGGUGCACCUGCACCUUUCGGAGGGCCCGCUUUCCCUGGUGCCUCUACCUGGGGAGCUACGACUGGAAGCGGUUGGUCUCACAACGCUUUUGCAGCUGGUGGCCAUCAUCGACCACACACCUCUCGCCCUGUUACUGUCCGCUUGCUCGUUAUUCAAGCCUGCAAGUACCUCAACAGUCUAAGCCCACGCGUCGGCUCGGGUGGCUAUCACGAUGUGAACCUCGUUCUCGACCAAGUAGAGCAGCUGCGGUCUCCCUCUGAGCAGGCUAUCUCUCUGGAUGAGAUGCUCGAGAUCUGCGAUACGGAAGGCAGUUCUCAAAAUGGCGGUGGCUCUUUCUCCAUUAAGAAUGAAGGGAAUGGCCAAUUCGUCAAGUUCGAGCCGGACACGAACAGCGCCGUCGCUGGACAUCGAGGCAGCAUUGUGCCAGGCGAUAUCGGUAGCCCGAUUCCUGCGCAUAGCAACCCUGCCGUCUUUGGCGGAUUCGGUGCGCCUGCUUCCUCGGUCCUGCGUCAGUACUCUUCACCUGCAGCUGGGUUGUUUGGCGGAACAUCCUAA